AUGAGCUCAGACAAUAUCGACGAGGAUUCCAUCGACGUUGAGGCUCUUCAAGCCCAAAUCGACUUGUCUAUGUCUUUUGCUCAAGGUCUGGUGACUUCUUGGAUGGAUCCUCGCAAAUUUCCAACCAAUUCUCACCGGAAUGACCUGGAGAAAGAACUGUCCGAGUAUAUGAAGCGACCUUCGAGGCUAGGUGUUGGGGCAUCUAUUCCUGAGGGCCACCAGAGCAUAUCCAGAGAGACAGCUCGCCUGAAAGGAAAACUCGUCGGGUCUAAAAGACCUCGUGAAGAGGACGGGGUUACCGCCCCCAAGGCGGAAUACGACGAUGAGCACGAAAGCAGGGCCACCGCUAUAAAGAAGAAACACCGUCUAGAUCCUUUUGACGUAGUCCACGGGAAGAAGAAAAACAAAGCACCACCAUCCAGUCCUCCUGCUCUCUCGCCCCAAGUUGGACCAUCUCAAAGUCCAAAGCAAGCUAAUUUCGGACAGAAGGCGGACGAGCCUACAGCUGGUCUCAAUAGCUUCUCUCCCCUUGAUGCCUCUCCAAAGAAAAAGAAAAAGAAGCGCAAAAAGCUCGCUGAAGUACAGGGGGAUGAAUCGCUGGCAAAAAUCGCUUCGACGUCUCAUCAAGGUUCCGAACUCCCCAUUCGCGAGCAAACACCUCCGCCUCCUCCGACUAUUGCACCUGCCCCUUCUACUCCACCACAGGACCUAGAUGAAGUCCAUGAUGAGCUGAUGGCUGUUUCACCUGCGACACCGACUAGCCCUCCAAUGAAACUGGCCCAAGGCAAAUCGAUCCCUGCUGACUUGUUGAGGCGGCCUUUGCUCAAUUUGACUAGGCCUCCGCCAAGCGACGAAGAAUCCGACGACCAUGUUGCAGAAACCCCUUCAGCAAGCCCGAAGAAGCGCAAGCGGAAGAAGAAAAAGAAACACCAAGCCAACGGCGAUCCCUCUCCAGCCACACCUUCCACAGCACCAACUAUUCCCGCAUCCUAA